UGUGCGCCGCGUGCAAGUUCCGCCGUUGACAGUCGAGGAAAAGCCGCGGAGCAGAUCACCGGCCCGCGGCAGUGUCGGGUACCGUGCGCGAACGUACCGCAUCGGCAGUCGUCGUUUUCUCGUUUUCUUCGUAUAAAUCAACGAGGGAAAAAGGAUCACGCGAUGGCGGACGAACAGGAAGCGAACAACACGUGCGAGGACUCGCUCGGCCCGGGGGACGCGACCACAGCGUUCGCGAAGAAGAUCCGGGGACGGAAAGGUGCCCUGAAGAAGAAGAACAUCUAUGUCGUCAAGAACCACAACUUUAUGCCACGGUUCUUCAAGCAGCCGACAUUCUGCAGCCACUGCAAGGACUUUAUCUGGGGAUUCGGGAAACAAGGAUAUCAAUGCCAAGUCUGCAGCUUCGUCGUUCACAAGCGAUGUCACGAAUACGUGACGUUCACGUGUCCGGGAGCUGACAAAGGUGCUGACUCGGACGACACGCGGACGAAGCACCAAUUCAAGCAACAUACCUACAACAGCCCCACCUUCUGUGACCACUGCGGUAGUCUUCUCUAUGGUGUCAUCCACCAGGGCAUGAAGUGCCAAGCAUGCGACAUGAACGUACAUAAGAGAUGCGAGGAGAGCGUGCCGAAUCUCUGUGGAUGCGACCACACCGAAAGACGCGGUCGUAUGAACUUGAACAUCACCUGUACAGGAAACAAGCUCACCGUCGAGGUGAACCAGGGUCGAAACCUGAUUCCGAUGGAUCCAAACGGCCUGUCGGAUCCCUACGUCAAGCUGAAGUUAAUCCCGGAUUCGGACAACGUGAAGAAAAAAACAAAGACGAUCAAGUCCUGCUUAAACCCAGAAUGGAACGAGACUAUCGUUUUCGACUUGAAGCCCGAGGACAAAGACCGGCGGCUGUUGAUCGAGGUUUGGGAUUGGGAUCGAACGUCCCGAAACGAUUUCAUGGGUUCCCUGUCGUUCGGUAUAUCGGAACUGAUGAAGGCACCGGCGAGCGGAUGGUUCAAGCUUCUCACCGCCGAAGAAGGAGAGUAUUACAACGUGCCGGUGCCGGAGGAGGGUGUCGAUCUUGCCGAGUUGAAAGUCAAGAUGCGAAAAACUUCGGUCACGAAGAAGGCCACCACCGCCCAGGACAAAGAGGUGCCGCACAACAUGGGCAAGAGCGAUCUGAUCAGGGCGAGCGACUUCAAUUUCCUGAUGGUGCUCGGCAAGGGCAGCUUCGGAAAAGUGAUGCUAGCGGAACGAAAAGGUACCGACGAACUGUACGCCAUCAAGAUCCUCAAAAAGGACAUUAUCAUCCAGGACGAGGACAUGGAGUGCGCAAUGGUCGAGAAACGUGUUCUGGCCUUGUCGAGCAAGCCUCCGUUUUUAGUGCAACUACAUUCUUGCUUUCAAACCAUGGAUCGUCUUUACUUCGUGAUGGAGUACGUGAACGGAGGGGAUUUAAUGUACCAGAUACAACAGUGCGGCAAGUUCAAAGAACCAGUGGCAGUAUUCUACGCGUCCGAGAUCGCGAUCGGUCUCUUCUAUCUGCACAGCCGGGGCAUCAUUUAUCGGGACCUGAAGCUAGACAACGUUUUACUCGACCAGGACGGGCACAUCAAGAUCGCAGACUUUGGGAUGUGCAAAGAGGGUAUCAGCGGCGACAAAACCACCAAAACAUUCUGCGGGACGCCCGACUACAUCGCACCCGAAAUCAUCCUGUACCAACCGUAUGGAAAGUCGGUCGACUGGUGGGCGUACGGCGUGUUGCUCUACGAAAUGCUGGUUGGUCAGCCGCCGUUCGACGGUGAGGACGAGGACGAGCUGUUCGACGCCAUCAAGGAUCAUAACGUCAGUUAUCCGAAAAGUCUGACCAAGGAGGCCAGAGAAAUUUGCAAGGCGUUCCUCACGAAGAAUCCGGUGAAGAGACUGGGCUGCGGAUUUCGGGGUGAGGAAGAUGUCAGGAGCCACACGUUCUUCCGGCACAUCGACUGGGUGAAGAUCGAGAAUCGCGAGGUGCAACCGCCGUUCAAGCCAAAGAUCAAACACCGCAAAGACGUGAACAACUUCGACAAACAGUUCACCUCGGAGAAGACAGAUCUGACGCCCACGGACAAGUUGUUCAUGAUGAAUUUGGAUCAGACCGAGUUCAUGGGUUUCUCUUUUCUCAAUCCCGAAUUCGUGCAACACGUUUAAACACGGAUCGAUUGAUUUUCUCGUUAGUGGUAACCUCGUCGCACGUUUCACCCCCGUUCAUUCCCACGGGGUGUUCAUAUUCCUUCUUGCUACUCAGGGCUUUCACUUUCCUCUUGACUCCCCUACUCCUGCUCCACAUCCUAUUCUUCCUUCCCGU